UACACGUCAUUGGAUUAUUGCAUUUUAUGAUUUUUAUGGUUUUCGGUCGCUGUACUGGUAAAAAAUUUUGAGGAAAACAAAGAUAUGGAGACGUUAUAUCAUCAAACUAAUAAAUUAGUACAGGAAACACAACAUCUUUUCACUCAAUUGGAGAGAAAGUCUGCAAAUGCGGAUUUGCAGGAAAUAAAAGAAGCUAUAGAGAGUAAAAUCAACUUCAUCAACAGCAAUUGUGAGCGACUCGAUGUACUAUGUCUCAAAGGUCCUGUGUCGCAGAGGCAAAAUGCCAGAAUGAGAGUAGACCAGCUGAAAUAUGACAGUCGUCAUCUUACUGCUGCUCUAAAUUCAUGGUGUAAUCGUGUGAUGCGACAUCAAAGAGAAGAGGCAGAAAGAGAGGCUUUACUGGCUAGACAAUUUACUACUAAUGAUCAUGUAGAUAUUUUAAUUGAUCAUACAGCGCAACAUAAUAAUAGUUUGAACAAUGCUGUUCACGGCAUAGACGAUCUGUUACAUCAGGGAAGUAGUGUUUUGGAUAACUUGAGAUCUCAAAGAUUAACAUUGAAGGGAGCUCAUAAACGCUUGAUAGACAUUGGUAAUACCUUAGGUCUUUCCAACACUACUAUGAGACUUAUAGAACAGAGAGCUAAGCAAGACGGAUUUAUUUUAGUUGCUGGUAUGACUAUUACAUGUAUAGUCAUUAUUUUAGUGAUAGUUUACCUUACAUAGAUGUUUCAAAGAUUGUUAGAUAUAUUUAUAAUUGUUAAUUUUAAUUCUUAUAUAAUUUAUAUUGCUAAUUUUUCUCAUAAUUUAUAAUUGCUACUAUUGCUUACCAGAAAAACUACAAAUUGCAAGCUGUUUAGAGUUAUUACUGUAA